CUGGUGGCCUCCUAGUUUGCGAUACUUUCGUGCUCUCCAACCAUGCGUUUCCUACUAUUCGCCCUGUUAAGCCCUAUUACAACCAUCUCGGCUCAGUCACUAUGCAACCGGGCCUAUCACAAUGUCACCUCAAUCGAACAACUGAGUCGGUUGAGGGAAUGUACGGUCGUCCACAACCUGCGUUUCACCUCUGGCCCCCUCAACGGGACGCGUGAAAUCUCCUUGGACGGAAUCGAGGAAGCCGAACAGAUCCUCAUCGGAGGUGCGGGUUGCAUGCAAGCAGCUCCGUGCACCGCCCCGACCCCUGAGACGGAGCUUAGGUUCCACAGCAGAACCCUAAGACGCAUCAGGGAUUUGAUAGUCGAUUUCAACGCAGAUCACCUCGUCGAGCUGUCCCUGCCGAGCCUCGAAUCGGUGGACAACGAGGUGACCAUAUCCUCCAACAGCCUGCGCACCUUCAACAUCAGACGCUUGAUACGCCUGGGCAAGCUGAGCAUCCAUGCACCGGAACUGACCAACCUCACCAUCGAUGGGCUGCAGGGGUUCAAUUCCCGCUCGCGAGGAAAUGACAAUGAGGUGCACAUUGACCGGACAGCCUUGACCUCCCUCGACAGCCUUUUCGGCCGCCGGAUGGAUGCAAGAGCUGCUGGACGAGGUGCCAAGUCUCUAGUACGCAUCUACGCGAACUCUCUGCCCAACGUUCGACGCGUCAAUUUUGCGUGGAACAACCUCGACACCCUCGAAAUCGACGGGACCGACCCUGGCGUCACGGUCGUGUUCCAGGGAGGUGGCUUUGGAAAUGACAGUUUGAAGUACGGACAAGUGAUCCUCGCGAAGGGUGAUGCGGGUGUGGAGCGCGGGUCUUCGCUGAGAGGAAAGCUGGAGGCGGAAAGUCUGUAUGUCACCAACAACAGAACGCACCUCAACAUACCAUUUGACAGACUAAAAACCCUCGACGUUCCGUCCGGCUUGAAGGAUGUCGUGGGAACCGUAGCCAUGACAUCUCCGGAUGCCUUGUCUGGCGCCUCGGGGCUGGAAAGCAUUUCUCUGAGGUCAUACGAGUUCCAUCUACCGUCUGAGUUCAAAGACGGCAAGAGGAUAUGGCGAUGGCCCGAUACGAGAAUGCAGCGGGCUGAGGUCCGAGGAAAAGUGCACAUGGAUUUCAUGAAUUCCUUUUUGGAAGACCGAAACCCAGACGACACCAACAACGCAACAUCCCGACCGAGCGUCACCUUGAAAUUCUCACUGAUCGGGAUUCGAGAGAGCGACUACACCCUCAACUGCGCUCCGUUUGAGAAAUUACGCGACCAGGGCGUACUGCCUCAAGCUAGCGAUGGCGAUCUUCGUAGUCAAGGGCCGUACUUUGAUUGCAGUGAUGAUAAAAGGAAUGACGCUGUUGCUAGAGAGGUGGGAUGGCAGACCUGGCUCGCAGUGGUACUGACUGUUGCUACCGGGUGUGUGUAA